GUGACGUCGCGAUUGGCCCGGUGCCUUUCUUCAGCAGGGUCUCGACGCCUCUCUCUCUCCCUCUGUGAUCAGUGGGUGAGAGGGGGGAGACGAGCAACACACAACGGAGAAUCCGGCGUGCGCCUCCGUCAUCAUCUUGUUGGCUCAUCCUUUCAUCACACCACCGGUCCUGGAUCCCCCAACCUCGGUCCCGGAGACGCCUGAGUCUGCAGCAGCGCAACGAUCGGCUUUAUUUCCAGCCUAUAUCUGAAUGACGGGCGGAAGGUUUGACUUCGACGACGGUGGCACUUACUGCGGGGGGUGGGAGGAUGGCAAAGCCCACGGACACGGCAUCUGCACCGGACCCAAGGGCCAAGGCGAGUACGCCGGGUCCUGGUCGCACGGUUUUGAGGUAGUAGGGGUGUACACCUGGCCCAGCGGGAAUACCUACAAGGGCUACUGGUCCCAGGGGAAGCGACACGGGCUCGGUGUGGAGAAUAAAGGAAAGUGGAUCUACCGGGGAGAGUGGAGUCAUGGUUUUAAGGGUCGGUACGGCAUCCGGCAAAGCCACAACACACCUGCCAGAUACGACGGCACCUGGAGCAACGGGCUGCAGGAUGGAUAUGGGAUUGAAACCUACGGCGACGGAGGUACUUAUCAAGGCCAGUGGAUGGGCGGGAUGCGACACGGCUACGGCGUGCGUCAGAGCGUCCCCUACGGCAUGGCCACCGUCAUCCGCUCCCCCCUCCGCACGUCCCUGGCGUCCCUGCGCUCCGAGCAGAGCAACGGCACGGUCCUCCAGGACCUCUCCUCCCCCGCGGACACGCCGACGGGCAGCCGCGGCGGCUUCGUCCUCAACUUCCACUCCGACUCCGAGGUCGUCACCGGCAAGAAGAAGGGCCUCUUCCGCCGGGGCUCGCUCUUCGGCAGCCUCCGGCAGCUGCGCAAGUCUGACUCUCGGACCUCGAUCUCCAGCAAGCGCAGCUCGGCGAGGAGCGAUGCCACCAUGAGCCGCAUCAGCUCCAGCGACGCCAACUCCACCAUAUCCAUCGGCGACGGCGAGCUGCCCGACGAGGACCUGCCUCUGGAGGACCAUGUGGACGCCACCACAACCGAGACCUACAUGGGCGAGUGGAAGAAUGACAAGCGCAAUGGAUUUGGUGUUUCGGAGAGAUCCAACGGGAUGAAGUACGAGGGAGAGUGGCUUAACAACAAGCGCCAUGGUUACGGGUGCACGAUUUUCCCAGAUGGCACCAAAGAAGAAGGGAAGUACAAAAAUAACGUGCUGGUGCGUGGAAUAAGAAAGCAGCUGAUCCCUCUUAAGAACCCCAAAACCAAAGAGAAGGUGGAUCGGGCUGUGGAGGGGGCUCAGAGGGCUGCAGCCAUCGCGAGGAGUAAAGUGGAAAUAGCAGCUUCCAGAACGGCCCAUGCCAGGACAAAAAGCGAGGCUGCAGACCAGGCCGCCAUCUCUGCUGUGCACGACUCUGAAAUUGCCAGGGCGGUUGCUAGGGAGCUCUCCCCCAACUUCUACCAACCAGGACCUGACUACAUAAAGCAACAGUCAAAGGAGCCUGUGGAGAUCAAAGAAGUCCCCGUUGAAAAGAAGGAGGAAUCCCCGAAAGAUUCUCCUCACUUUUACCGCAAAGGCACCACUCCUCCCCACUCCCCAGUGACCAGCCCUGCAGCCACGCCUCCCCCCUCGCCUCCGUCCAGCAAGAAGAAAGCCCAGCUCCCCAACAGCACCGGCCGCAAAACCAGCAAAGAAGAGAAGCCUUUCCGCAAGACGAGCAAAGAAGAGAAGUUAAGUUAUAAAAGCAGUAAGGAAGAGAAGUCGAGGAAGCUGAGUAAAGAAGAGCGGCUGUCCGUCACCGAUGGCCCCAAAAGUUCUCACGUGCAUGUCGAGGCGCCACCUAAGCCCAGUAAAGUUCAGCAGCAGCCCACCCCGGCACCUGCUGCUCCUUCGCAGCCUCCCGCGAUGCCGGUCAACGGCCAGCUCCACUCCGAGUACCACAGUUACUACGUCAAGGCCCCCGCGAGGGGCCCUCCGCCCCCGGACCCCGAGGAGGACCCAGAAGAGGAGCCCAAUGCCCUGGCCCUGGCACGCAUGCCCCCGCAAUCCUCUAGGGGUUUUAGUACGCCCACCCCGAAGCCGGCCUCCAUACGGGACGGCAAGGGCGACCAGAAACUCAGGAAGCAGGAUUCCCUAAAGCCAAAGAGCCUCGCAGACACAAAGAAGGCCAGCAUGGAGAUUGCAGACAGCACGGAAGAAACGGGCCCUAACUCAAUCCUUGUUGCUAUGGUAAUGCUGUUGAAUAUUGGCCUUGCGAUUAUAUUUGUCCAUUUUCUGACAUGAUGAUGCAGUUUCUCAGUGAAACCAUGGCAACCGGUACAGUUGCAUCGCCAGCCUUGAGAAAUGAAAAUGGCGCCAGUGAGACACGGGGGCGGCCGUAGGUGUGUAUAGGAAUCAGCAUGACACCGAAGAAGAAUCAGGAGGAAGGCAUCACCACUACCACCAACAUGUCACUGGCCUUCUUCAGUGGCCAGCCCCGUGAAUAAGCACUCCUUUGGCUUUUACUAAAAGCUGAAGUGAAAUGUCGUGUCUAGUGAGAUUUGAAAAAAAAUAAAAUAUAAUAUAUAUAUAUAUAUAUAUAUAUAUUAAAAAAAAAAUAAAAAUUUGCAACCAAACCUACACAGUCUGAAAAUAAUGAAGAAGUAAUUGAAACCCACACGUAUGCUGAUCCAAGCACAGGUCUCUGUAGCCCACUCCCUCUGCCUUGGCAGAGAUGGCAGUGGGCUGACGGACCUUGCUGGAAGAGUGUGGAGAUGCACUUUUAGAUGACGGGAGCAAACAGCUGCCUUUCUAUUUUGCCAUCUGACGUUUUGAUGGGGAGAUGUGAGCCCGGCCCAGGAGGGUGGGAGGGGAGGAUAGGGGAGGGGAGGGGGGGAGGCAGUCGCAGCGGGAGCGUGCUCGGGUGUUCGGAGCAUUUUUCCGGGGUUCGUACCACUCCUGCUUGAGGAAAAAACUGGGCACGGCCGUCGCCAGCAGUCGGUGCUAGCACGGUCACUCGCCAGUCUUACUCUCUCGUUAAACCCAAACAUCACUGCAGCUUCCCCCGCGCUCCGUCCAUUGUAAACCAGGAUACACUGCUUUGAAACACUCCCCCCGUGCAUGGUACAGUUUUAACAAGUUUGUUUUUUUUAAAUUUUUUUUUUGUUUUGUUUUGUUUUGUUUCUCGUUCUGAUGUAACUUUUUCGUCCGUUGUCGUUCUCUGAAUGUUGGUUACCUGCAGUCAUAGGCUUGUAGAACUCUCAGAAUGAGUAAAGAAAUUAGUUUUUUUCCCUUUUUAUUUGAAUUUUACUCGUUUGGAAAUAUCGAGCUGUAAUUUGACAUUACACAUCCAUGUUACAGAAAGUGCAAUAUGUUUAUUUUUUUUUUUUCAAAAGUUUAUAAUAUAUUUUGCCAAAUAGGGGCUUGUACCAUAAUAAAAAAUCACAUUUUCCUUUUUUUUUUUUUUUUUUUUUAUGGUCAGACUUGCAUAAUAAAAAGAGUGGUUUUUGAAAGAAGGUUUUAAAGAAGAGAUCGUGAUUAAGGAAAGUGGUUUAUGCUGUAAAAGCCAGCUAGCUUUUUUUUUGGGAGUGAAGUAACAAAUGUCUUAUGCUAUUUAUGAAAUCAGAAGGAAGAUUGUUUCAUUGUACAUGCCUAGACCAUUUUUUUGCUUGAAUUUCCUCACGCUAUUCUUUGCUUUUAUUGUUUCACUACACCACUAUGAUGCAAAAACGCAGCCCGCGCUGCUGCAACGUGUAGGUCCCGGCAGUGCUCGCAUGCUCAAGAGACUGGCUCGAGACGGUCUCGUGGACGGUGGAAGUUUAUUCAGGUUGAGUCCAUGGGGAAUGUGGCUCCAGGGAGAAAGGAGAGAUGCCUUUUAAAAGUCUUUAACAGUAAUACUGUUUACCUCAGAAAAAAGAUGAGGAAGGGGGGGAGGGAAUGAGAUGCCAUCCUUGUCUUAACUUUGUUGUGUGGGGGUAACUCUGACUGUUGUCAUCACCUGAAUCAUGCUUUUUAACUUGCUUCAUUGUAGCUGCUUGUAGUCUUUGUUGCAGGUAUGGCAUGAGUUUCUUUGAUUUUCAAAGUGGUUAUUUAUAUGGUGGACAUUUACUGUCACCCCUACCAAGAUUAAUUAUUUAUUCAUUGUACAACUGAUGUGUUUGUGAGCAUUGGUCAUCCUGAAAAGGGCUUUAAUAUGUUUAGUUUUUUCUUUGCUGCGAUUCUCUUUUGAGGCUCAACUUGACUGUACUGUCUAUUUAGAAAAAGAAAAAGUAAAAAAAAAAAAAGAGCAGCAUUAGAUUUAGAGAGUUUUCGACCAGCUUGCAAACUGUCCACAUAACUACUGGAAAAGGAUUGAAAUUUAUUCAAAAAAAAAAACAAAAAAUAAAAAAAACACUAAACAAAAAAAAAAAAAAA